AUGACCCAUUUACAAUUGCUAGUAGCAAGUAGGAAUAUUAAAAAGCAGGUUUUGCUGAAAACAACAGCUGGUGAUAUUGAUAUAGAGUUAUGGUCAAAAGAAGCACCAAAAGCAUGCCGAAAUUUCAUCCAGCUUUGUAUGGAAGGUUAUUAUGACAACACAAUAUUUCACAGAGUUGUGCCUGAUUUUAUAGUGCAAGGGGGAGAUCCAUCUGGUACUGGGUCUGGUGGAGAGUCAAUUUAUGGGCUUCCCUUCAAGGAUGAAUUCCACUCAAGAUUGCGUUUUAAUCGAAGAGGACUGGUUGCUAUGGCAAAUGCUGGAGCUCAUGAUAACGGCAGUCAAUUUUUCUUUACGCUGGGCCGUGCAGAUGAACUUAACAACAAGCACACCAUUUUUGGAAAGAUUACUGGGGAUACUAUAUACAAUAUGUUACGACUGACUGAAGUAGAAAUUGACAAAGAAGAAAGACCACUCAAUCCACACAAAAUAAAAAGUAGUGAGGUUUUAUUUAAUCCUUUUGAUGACAUCAUUCCACGAACAAAUAAAAAGCUGAAAAAGGACAAACCAGGGGAAGAAAUAAAAAAGUCAAAAUCCAAAGGCACAAAAAAUUUUAAUUUGCUUUCAUUUGGAGAAGAAGCUGAAGAAGAAGAAGUGGAAGUGAACAGAGUUAGUCAGAGCAUGAAGGGAAAAAGUAAAAGUAGUCAUGACUUGCUGAAGGAUGAUCCACAACUAAGCUCAGUUCCUGCUGUUAAAAGUGCAAAAGCAAAUGAAGUGCAGGAUUCAGAUGAGGAAGAAAAGGAGGAGGUUGAUAGUGAUAAUGAAGAAGGUGAAAUGGAUAGUAAUGAGAGAUACCAAGUGAAAGAACGUGUAGCUAAAAAGUUGAGAAAAGAGAAAAAUGAAAAUGUUAAGCUACCAUUUAAAGAGGAAAGAGAAACUGAAAAGAAAAUCACCAGUCGCAGUGAGGAACUGCGCAAAGAAGUGCGCCAGCUGAAACGUGAACUACUAGAAGCAAAGCAAAAGAAAGAAGAAAAUUCUACAAAAUCAAAAGAAAAGAAAGUGGAAGAGGAAGAAGCUGAUCCAAACAGCAUUGUUACAGAAUAUCUGCAGGAGAAGAAAAAAUACGAAGAUAUGCGGAAGCAGCAACCAAAGAAAGGGAUUUCUCGUGAAGAUCAGACACUGGCACUGCUGGACCAAUUCAAAUCAAAGCUAACUCAGGCAAUAGCAGACACUCCUGAAAAUGAAAUGUCUGAACCUGAAGUAGAGGAUGAUGAAGGAUGGAUGUCACAUGUACUUCAGUUUGAGGAUAAAAGCAGAAAAGUGAAAGAUGCAAACAUGCAGGAUGAAGAUACUUUUGAAAUCUAUGAUCCUCGGAAUCCUGUAAAUAAGAGGAGAAGAGAACAAAGCAAAAGGAUAAUGCGUGAGAGAAAAGAAAGGAGAUAAAAUGAAUGUAAACCUCUCUAGAGCUGGCUUGGAAACUGUAAUAAAGCAUUGGCCCUUUAAUAGCUGUGUUUCCUGAAAACGUCACUUAUGUGAAAAGAAAUCUCUCAAGAACCUGUCAUCUGAUUUUGAAGUAUAGCUAUCUUAUUUGUUUUAUGAACAGUGCAGUAAAAAAAGCAAGUGCUGUCGGUAUAUAAUCCAAGCUCUCUAAACAAUUUUAAAAUUUUGUUAAAUAUAUAAUAAUUUGGAUCACUAUAUUGUGAUUAAAUAUUGUAAAUAUAAUCAGAAGGUUUGUUUUCAAAAUAUUGAAUAAAAGGCAUUUUCCAAAAUUAA